AUGAGCGCGAAGAAUUUUGGUUUUGGGGAUACCAACUCUCCAAUUCAAACGUCUGUUGAUUUACAAUCCCAAUCUCGUAUUCAAGAUUUUCUUCCGUCUGCUACCUCCUCUUCUCUUUUCGAUUAUGUCGAUGCGACGCCAACGAACAGUAUGGACUAUAAGGAUGGCGGAACUUAUACAGGAAACUAUGCAUUGUAUCAAGACAACUUUCCCGAAGAUAUUCAUCAGAGUAACGUUGACACGAUGAAUGUCAGUUGGAUACACCUCUUUGCGGUCAAGUCGAAACCCAUACAAAUGCCAACAAUACAUAUGUUUCAUACACCAAUACCCACGAGCAACGAGUACAUUAUUAUGAGAGAAGAGCGAACUCAAUCAAUGGUAGGCAGAAUAUCAGCUGCUUCGAGCGUUGGCGAAAUGUUAGCUCUAACUCGAAUGUGA